GGUUGAAUAUUCGCAAGCUCUUGAUUCCCAAUCUCGAAAUUCUGGAGGGGGAAGGGAGAUACACAAGCGCAAUUGAAUUGGCGACAGCUAAAGAUCAAUUCACAAUGGCGGGCGCAGUAGAUGAUGGAUGGACAAUGGUGAUCGGUCAACCAGCCAGUGAAAUUCGCGAAGAAAAGCAAAUUGAAGAAUGGGAGCGCUCAAAAGGAGGAUGGUCUGGAUUUGGUAAACAUCCUCAAAAUUGGACGGAUCACAAGAAAUUACACCUAUCAUCAGAAAAAGAAUUAGGCUCUGGGAGCUAUGGGCUUGUGGAGCGCGUUACGUAUGGUGCUGUUACCAUGGCCCGCAAACACGUGAUACCUCGUGGUGGGAUGACGGUCGAAAAGCUCCGGGAGGAAGCUAAUGCCAUGGAGGAAUUGGCGCAUAAACAUAUCUUAAAGCUGGUCGGCACAUAUACGUAUAAGCGCAAAAACCUAUACCUCCUUCUUUACCCGGCGGCAACAUGCGACCUGAGCACUUUUCUCGAUGAUAUAGAAGGGAUUCGUUCCGAUACGUGCGCGGAUAGGGAUGAUGCGAUGAAACGGCUUUAUGCUCUCGGACUCAAGGAUAUUGGGAAAAUUGACGAUUUAUGUAUGUUGAGACGACCGAUUCUCCCUUCAGAUCAUUCGACGCAUAUCAAAAGGACGGAAACCGCGCUGGGAUUUUUACAACAGCUCAUGGGAUGUGUUACAGAGGCGUUGUUGUUUGUUCAUGAAAAAGGUGUUCGGCAUCGGGAUUUAAAGCCUAAGAAUAUUUUAUUAAGUCCCGGUCGGGUGUACCUCGCGGAUUUUGGCAUUGCGAGAGACGUCAAAGAUUCAGACAAUAGCAUAACUUGUGGGAGAUAUGGUACUGCGUCUUGGAUAGCUCCAGAGGUCUAUGAUGGAGAAUAUCAUCAUAUGUCAAGUGCGGAUGUCUUUUCCCUAGGUUGCAUAUUCCUCAAUAUCGCAACAGUAUUAUAUGGAGAUUCGAUUGAAUUAGCGACAUUUGACGAAGUAAUAAAGGAGAAGGAAUGGCCAAUGAAGUAUAAGAUGUUAUCAACACAUCUGAAUAAAUUAAAAGACAAGGCAAUUAGAGCAGCAUUAGCAGACGAAGAAGAGCCUAAUUUCGACGCCAAGAAUAUACUUGGUCUGGUGGAGAAAAUGUUGUUGUACGAACCGGAACAACGACCUUCGGUCAAAGAAGUUAACGAACGAUUAUGCGAGCUUGGGGGAUUAGAUCAAAUCUAUCAUCUAUCUUGCUGCCAUAAAAAGAACGACGUCCUGUGUCGAUCAAUAAAUACAAAAAUGAGAACUAUCUCCGAAAGCAGUCUAUCAUCAAAAAGCAGAAUCGCCGAAUUAGAAACCGAAAACAUCACCUUGAGAGAGCGUCUCGCAACUCUCCAAAACAAAGACCAAACUUACGAAUUACGAAUAGAACAUGAACGAAAUCACGCAAAGAAACAAAAUGACGUUCUCAAAGAACGCUACGAGAAACAAUUAAAAGCACAAACCGAUGCCUUGAUACGCGCAGAAGAACGUAUCAACGCUCUCGAAUUAAACUCCCCCCACAAACGCCGACCAUCACACACUCGAGGCCGCGGUCGCAAUCCCGCCUACGGAACACCCCACCCAACCAACACCCUCAACAUCAACAAUCUCGCCGUCCACACCAACUCCAGCAUCUCCAUACCACCUCCACGUACAUGUCCAUCUCCAUCCCGAUCCUCCAAUCCCAACCACCACCACCCUAACCCCAUUCCCGCACCGCGCACCCCAGAAAGUUACUUCCCCGUCAGCAUCCCCCCACGAAACCCCAGUUUCACCAACCUCAAAGACCCUCUCUCUCUCACCCUCCAGCGCCGUCCCUCCGGUAUCCCCAUCCCCACCCGCUCUCCCACGCCCAUCACACCGCACAAAUCGCCCUUCUCACCUCCUAGCAACAGUCAUAGCAACAGCAGCCCCGGAAGCGGAAAUUCCACACUAGUCAGCAGCACCCAUUCUGUCUUUUCCAUCAAGAGCAAAAUGACAGAUACGGAUGGAAGCAUUACAUCGGUAGAAAGUCCAGGGGAAACGAUGAGCUUGCCGGGUAGUCCGACUUGUGGUAGCAGAGGAAAGAUAGGGGAUGGAGAUGGAGAGAAAAGAAAAGAGGGAAUGAGUAGAGUGUUAGGAGAUAGUAGGAGGAUGAAAAUCGGAAUGGAGGGGAAGAAGAGAGAACAUGAGAAGGAGAAAGAAAGAACGAUUAAACCGACAUGGGCGAGAAUGGUGAGAGGGAAGACUUGAGAAUUGGAUAUAUCAUCUAUAUAUAUAAAGAUAUAAAUAAAUAAAUAAGUUA